CCCUCAUAGCAGACUCUACACUCAAGGAGUGACAGUUGGUGGGUGGGUGGAAGCGUAGUUACGUAAUCCCGAAUCAUUUCUCUACAUUUUAACAGGAAAUCUGUAUUGAUUUCCAAUUGUUUAGGGUGAGAGAAAUCAAACCCGUCCUCUGAAGAUGGUUGAUCUCGGCAACAUGCAGAAUAAGCAUCUGAAGGGUGUUUUCCUUGUGCACUUCGUCCUCAUAACAUGGGGCAUCCAAGGUUACUGGAGCCCAGAUUCCUUUCUAUUUUACAAUGCUUUAUUCAUUCUUUCUAUUCUGUGGUCAAUCCAUAAUAAAGAAUCUGAUGAGCCUCUGCAAAUUUCUGUGAUUAUUAACGUUAUAAGCAUUCUCUUUGACGUCAUUGUCUUGGCUACGUACUUCCCUCGGAGCUUCAGCAGCAGCGAGCGCUUUAGUGUUGCCAUGACCAUCCUUAAUCUCGUGAUCCGUCCAGUCACUUCUGUUGUCUUGUGGAGAUUAGCAUCUGAACGUGGAGGUCCUGAAUACCCUGGCCGUGGUACAUUUGGUGACAUUUUUGGUCGAAAUGACUCUGUUGCACCAGGAAGACCUCAGGGUGCAUAUGAUGAUAUUGAUAACCCCAGAAGCCAUCAAAGUGUUCCUGGUGUUGUUACGGUUGAUGGAGCUGGAAACAAGCAGCCUCCACCAUACCAUGGCUAGCUGGAUCAACUGCCGGAAAGCAGACUGUACUUUCUAAUAUAUUUCAUUUUCACCUCAGGAAUUACAGUGAAGGAGAAAUGACCAUUUUUAAUGUUCUCAUUUCUAUACUAAAAUUUUCACACAAUUCUAAUUAAUUAACAAACUUCUCAAAAUAUUUCACUUGUCUGUUUCUUUGUCAAUGAUUUCUUGUUGCUCUUUUGCAAUUGGAAUUUACUGCACUUUUACUAUGGCAUAAUUUGUCUGUUAUUUACCUAUCACACCACCUUCAUUCCAUAUAAUAAUUAGUAUGUGUCACUUCUUAGCUGCUUUUUCUGUAGCUGUGAGCAGUUGUUUUUCUUCUACCCUGUAGAAGCACUUUCCAAACUUGGUGUCAUGUACUUCACUCCAAUUAGAAAAUGUACUUUUUAUGUGAUAAUUUUGUAUGUCGGUCAUUCCCUCAAUCGUUCCCUUAGAUGAUCUCUAAAGGAGUAUUUGUAUCAGGAUCAAAGAUCUUAUUAGUUGUCUAGUGACUGACUUUUAGUCGAGGAGAUAGAUACUGUUUUCAGCUUUCUAAUGCCAUAUGUUUCAAUUUUCACCGCAUUCCUACUAGUCAUUCACUACUCUGUGUGUAAUUAUCUUGUGUCACUGUUGGAGACAUUUUCUGCAUGUGGCCAUUGCAUCAUUCGCGGAAGCCAUUUUCUUAUGUGUCAUUGUUAAUUUUUAAUAAACUUGUAAGUAGUUUGAAAGUGACAAUAAUGUUGUGAUUAACUUUGAAAAUGUUUAAUUAGAUUGAUUUUUUUUUUUUUUUGAAAGUAUUCUUGAAUUACCUGUGGGGGCUCGCAGGGUUUUUGUAUUUUGAAGAAAAAUGGAUUUGGACUCAAAAAGAUGGCUGUGCUGCUGUACUGUGGCAAUUUGUUUUGUAUCUUUGCAACAAAUGGUCUGAGUUUUAUUUAGGUAGUAACCCAGUUGGUCACCUUGUUUUUAUGCUCUAGUUUGCUACUAGUUUUUUUGUAUGUUAUGAAAUCAAUAAAUUUACCUUGGGUAUAAUAA